AAGCGGAAGGCGAAAGCUUGCUGCGGCAGCUUGUGGGGUGGUUCGGGUGGAUCCGUCGUAAACAUCGUUCAGUUACGGAACCGCGGAAAGGAUUCCAAGAGGACGUUGGGUGGAAAUAUGGUUACGUUCGUGGCAGACGUUCCGAAUACCCUGCUGUGCGCGAAGUGUAGAAAUAUUUCCUCGGAGAUUCUGGCUGACCCUGAUGGCCACUUGUACUGCCGGCCUUGCUUGAGAAUGAUGGAGAAUGACGGAGCUAUCGACUGUUGCGUUGACAAGGCGACAUACAGGAUGAAAGACAUGGAAACCAGGAAUGAUACAUUCCUGGAAGCUCUGGACUUGGUGGCGAUGUGCCCAAAAGAAUCAUGCACAUAUAAGGCAACACUUCGAGAGGUGAUGGGUCACUAUGUGAACUGUAGAGCUAGGGCAGUAAUGUGCCCGCUAUGCGAGCAGAAAGUAAGCAGCAAGGCUCUGUCUGAACACUUAAACGACACCUGUGAACAGAGACUCCUGAAGUGUCGAUACUGCAGCUUGGAUGUAGAAGCCUGUCAUCUAAAAGAUCACAUGGACGUAUGUGACCAAAUUCCAGCAACUUGUAAACAUUGUAAGAGGGAGUUCAACACAUUUGCUGAGCUGCGGGAUGAGCACUUGGCUGUUUGCCCCUUGAAACCAAUGAAGUGUCCUUACUAUCGACUGGGAUGCAAUUUUCAGGCUACCAACAAGGAGAUGGAAAAACAUACUGCCUCGUGCAAACACGUGACGUCAUUCGUCGACCGGUUUCUGGAUCUUGAAGAAAAGCUCUUGGAUGCAAGAGCAGGGUAUGAUGAGCUACGGAGGAGGACUUCUGAGACAGAGAAAGCCUUUAGGGAACUCCGAUCGGAAAAUGAGGGGCUCAGAAAGAUGAUUUCGAAGAACGAGGAAGUAAUCCGGAUUGUGCAGAACAGAACGAUGCAGAACAAUCCGAUGACUGAAAAGAGACUUCGGGAGCUUGAAGAGAAGCACGCCCUCCUUGAAACGCCGCUAGAGGAGCUCUUGGUGGAAAUAGCAAAGGCAAAAUAAGAGGCCAGUGUUGCACUAAAGACACGGUAAUCACCCAGUGUGGUGACUAUAAAGUUACACUCAUGUGUUUAUGCAACGGAUGUCUAUUAUGCCGGUAUGUUUUAUUAUUUCUGUAUUGCACGACCGCAUAAGCAUUGAAGAACAUGUCCAUGAGCUGUCUCUUUUCUAAAUAAAUAGUGUUCUGAAAA